AUGUACCUUCCUUUUCCUAGCCGGCGAUAUCGUCACCUGCCGCCCUGGUGGCUUCGGGCUGCCCCCAAGGUGCGCCACGCGUCCGUGAUCGCCAGCUACGCCAAGACCGACGACAUGAAGAUCGCCGCGGACGUCUCGGGCCUCAUCGGCAACACCCCGAUGGUGUACCUCAAGAAGGUGGUCCCUGAGGGGGGCGCCAAGGUGGCCGCGAAGCUGGAGCUCAUGGAGCCGUGCUGCUCCGUGAAGGACCGCAUCGGCUACUCCAUGGUCGUCGACGCCGAGCAGAAGGGCGCCAUCUCCCCCGGCAAGACCACGCUCGUGGAGCCCACGUCGGGCAACACGGGCAUCGCGCUGGCGUUCAUCGCGGCCGCCCGCGGCUACAAGCUCAUCCUGACCAUGCCGGCGUCCAUGUCGAUGGAGCGCCGCGUGCUGCUCCGCGCGUUCGGCGCCGAGCUCGUCCUGACGGACCCCGCGAAGGGCAUGAAGGGCGCGGUCGCCAAGGCGCAGGAGAUCGCGGGCUCGAUCCCGGACUCGUACAUCCUGCAGCAGUUUGACAACCCGGCCAACCCGAAGAUCCACUACGAGACGACGGGCCCGGAGAUCUGGGACGCGACGGACGGGCAGGUCGACAUCCUCGUCGCCGGCGUCGGCACGGGCGGCACGGUGUCCGGCACCGGGCGCUACCUGAAGGAGAAGAAGCCUGGCGUGCAGGUGGUGGCCGUGGAGCCGACGGAGUCCGCGGUGAUCUCCGGGGGCGCGCCCGGGCCGCACAAGAUCCAGGGCAUCGGCGCCGGCUUCAUCCCGGGCAACCUGGACACGUCGCUCAUCGACGAGACCGUGCAGGUGUCGUCGGACCAGGCCAUCGAGAUGGCGCGCAAGCUGGCCGUGGACGAGGGCCUGCUGUGCGGGAUCUCGUCCGGCGCGGCGGUGGCGGCGGCCGCGGAGAUCGCCGCGCGCCCGGAGAACGCGGACAAGCUGAUCGCGGUGGUGAUCCCCUCGUUCGGCGAGCGCUACCUGUCGUCGGCGCUGUUCUCGAAGAUCCGCGAGGAGUGCGAGUCGAUGACGUUCGAGGCGUGA